CAGAGUAGUUAUAGAUUUAAUGUUUCCGUUAUGUUACUUUAACAUCAUUGCGUAGCCUUCUCUCCCAUUUCGAAUUCCCAUUUGCUCUGCUCAUCUUCUUGCUAAUGUUCUGAUCCUUCUACUUCGCAAAUCAAUUUAUUCUAACCCUCUAAUUCUCAUCCCUUCAAAAUCAACGUUCUCAAUUGUUUAAUUUUCGUCUCUAAAAAUCAGACUUCCGUCCAGACAGAGAAGCUAGAUGAUCAGUGGAGAGCGAGUUUUCCGGCAAUUGAUUUUAAAACCAGUUACCUUGAACAAAGAUGUUGCGGAUAAAAUCCACACGACGAUGUUAUACGUAUUGCACAGUGAUCACAGUGUUGCUGCUCUUAUCAGUCUCUCUCCUCCGUCGCCUUUCAAUUGACCAUCUAAGCUCAUUCCAGCGUGAAGUCAGGGUCGUCUUUGAUGAUCCCUUUAACUUUAAAGAUCGUUGGUAUCAGGAUUCUGAUGCUGAUAUCAUAGACCACCAGUCCAAAUUUUCCAAUGAGGUAGAGAUCCUCAGAGGCCUCAACUCUAUAGUAGAAGAGAAUGAUCCAUUUAGGAUUUCUUCUUCUUCUGGUUACUAUUUUGAUCAUUCUUCUUCUGUUGUUCGUCGUGCGUUAGACCAACGACCCGUAGAUGAUAUUGAACGGUGGGGGGAUUAUGCGAUGCCAUUUGUUGAUGAGUUUGCUGGGAGCAAGGUUGCGUUUGGUUCGGAUGAUGUGCCUGUGGAUGAGGAGUUGAGAAAAAAGUUGAUUAAAGUGAAUGGCAUUGAAGAUGCACUUUUGUUAAGACUAGGAUCGAACUUUUCGCCCCUAAGAGAGGGUUGGGGAGAUUGGUUUGAUGCCAAGAGUGACUUUUUGGGGAGAGAUAGUAGGUUUGAGUCCAAACUGGAAUUGUUACAUCCUGUUAACAAUCCGCUUUUUCAGGAUCCAGAGGGGUUUGGUGUUACUGGACUUACAAGAGGAGAUAAGGUCGUGGAGAGAGGGUUGGUUCAUGAGAUGAAUAAAGCUCCAUUUAUUGUAAAGACGUCCUUGGGAUUUCCAGAUAUUAGGUUUGGCGAAGAUAAUAUUGACAAUCAAGCCAAAGAAGGUAGUAGUAUGAAUUAUAAAAGUCGGGACAGAGGCAAUGGAGGACAGGGAUCUGGUCUUGAUAAACAAACUGAAGUAAGGAAAAAUGAAUUUAGAACUCUGGGUGAUGAUAAAAUUGCUGCAUUGGGUAGUCAUGCUAUGAAAGGAGUAUAUGACAGAUCCUUGAGAAAAGGUGCAGAAGAUUAUGAUUCUUCUCUGGGUAAAAUAGAUAAAGGAGAAAUCCAAAAAGUUACAGAUUCUGUUGCACAUAAUGAGUCCGAGUCUUCAGGUUCCAUGUAUGCUGGUGGCAGAAGAUGGGGUUAUUUUCCCGGACUGCAACCUUAUCUAUCCUUUCCAAGUUUUAUGGAUUCCUUUUUCAGGAAAUCCAAGUGUUCUAUGAGGGUGUUUAUGGUGUGGAAUUCAGCCCCUUGGAUGUAUACCGUCAGACACCAGAGAGGCCUCGAAAGUGUGUUUUUCCACCAUCCAGAUGCCUGUGUUGUUGUAUUCUCGGAAACCAUUGAACUUGAUUUCUUCAAAGAGUUUCAGAAAGAUGGUUUCAAAAUCGCGGUUGCAAUGCCGAACCUGGAAGAACUUUUGAAAGAUACACCUACAAGCAUAUUUGCUUCUGUUUGGCAUGAAUGGAGGACUACCAAAUUUUAUUCUAUUCAUUACAGUGAACUCAUCCGGCUUGCUGCACUCUACAAGUACGGGGGUAUGUAUCUGGAUUGUGACAUUGUAGUACUCAAGCCAAUAUCUUCCUUUAGGAAUUCGGUUGGAAUGGAGGUGUUGGCUCCUGGGAGUCCUCUGAAUGGUGCUGUUAUGGCUUUCAAUAAGCACAGUUUCUUUAUCAGGCAAUGCAUGUUGGAGUUCUUUUCCUCAUAUGAUGACACCCUGUUGAGAUGGAAUGGUGCUGAUCUGUUAACAAGAGUUGCUGGAAAUUUCUCCAGAAAAGAAAAUGAUGUGAAGAAAAAGCGGAUGCUGAAAGUGCAGGUCGCAUCGAACUUCUUUCCUAUUAGUUCACAUGAUAUUCAAAGAUACUUCAUUGCACCAGUGACAGACGAUGAAAAGGCUCAUCAGCAUGCUCUGCUAAGAAAGAUUCUCAAUGAGUCGCAUACUUUCCAUUUCUGGAACAGUUUAACUUCUGCUCUUGUUCCAGAACCGUAUAGCUUGGUAUCAAGAAUUAUCAACAGUUUUUGUAUUCGCUGCUUGGAUGUGUUGUAAAAUCCAAUAUACUUAUUCUCUCAAAAUCACAGAUUAAUGCUCUUACUAUACUUACACAUAAACAAUGCAAAAAUCAGCCUAUCUUACA